AUGGCGGCUCAGGCAGCAGCAGCACUGUUGGAUGAAUUAAUGGGAAGAGAUAGAAAUUUGCAGCCUACAGAGAAGAGGAGUGAAUUGAAAUGGGACGAUCCAGAGGUUUGUAAAUAUUUCCUGUGUGGAUUUUGUCCUCAUGAACUAUUUGUUAAUACUAGAGCAGAUCUUGGUAAUUGUGAAAAAAUUCAUGAUGAUGUUUUAAAAAAAGAGUAUACAAAGAGUAGUCGUUUUGAAAAGAUGGGAUAUGAAGAAGAAUUUAUGAGAUUCCUCCAAACUUUGAUUUCUGAUGUGGAAAGGAGGAUUCGAAGAGGACAUCAACGCUUAGCUUUAAACAGUACCCAGGGAACUCCUUCUAGCAAUGCAGCUGCACUAAAGGAAGAAAAAGUAGCUAUGUUAACAGAACGGAUCAAUGAGUUAGUCCAGCAGGCUGAAAAUUUAGGUUGUGAAGGCAAAGUUGAAGAGGCUCAAGGUGUGAUGAAGUUGUGUGAUCAGUUGAGAGAAGAGCGUAAAGCAUUAGAAAAUAGCCGGCAGAUUAAUCAAACUCCGGAAAGUGAAAAGACGAUGGAGGUGUGCAAUGUAUGUGGUGCAUUGCUUGUCGUAGGAGAUAUCCAGCAACGUAUUGAUGAGCAUAUCAUGGGAAAGCAGCAUUCUGGUUAUGCAAGAAUUAGAACUUAUGUUGAAGAGAGAAAACAAGUUAGUAAACUUGGUCCUUUUUUUUUUUUCUUUUCUUUUUUUUUUCUUUUCUUUUUUUUUUCUUUUCUUCUUUUUUUUUUUUUUCUUUUUUUCUUUUCUUCUUUUUUUCUUUUUCUUCUUUUUUUCUUUUCUUCUUUUUUUUCUUUUUUCUUUUCUUCUUUUUUUUCUUUUCUUCUUUUUUUUCUUUUCUUCUUUUUUUCUUUUCUUCUUUUUUUCUUUUCUUCUUUUUUUCUUUUCUUCUUUUUUUCUUUUCUUCUUUUUUCUUUUCUUCUUUUUUUUCUUUUCUUUUUUCUUUUUCUUCUUUUUUUCUUUUCUUUUCUUCUUUUUUUUUUUUUCUUUUUUUUCUUUUCUUCUUUUUUCUUUUCUUCUUUUUUUCUUUUCUUCUUUUUUUUUUCUUUUUUCUUUUCUUCUUUUUCUUUCUUCUUUUUCUUUCUUUUUUUUUCUUCUUUUUUUCUUUCUUCUUUUUUUUCUCUUCUUCUUUUCUUCUUUUUUUUUUUUUCUUUUCUUCUUUUUUCUUCUUCUUCUUUUUUCUUUCUUCUUCUUCUUUUCUCUUCUUCUUUUUUCUCUUCUUCUUCUUUUUUUUUCUUCUUCUUUUCUCUUCUUCUUUUUUUUCUCUUCUUCUUCUUUUCUCUUCUUCUUUUUUUCUCUUCUUCUUUUUUCUCUUUUUCUUUUCUUCUUUUUUCUUCUUCUUCUUUUUCUUCUUCUUCUUUUUCUCUUCUUCUUUUUCUUUUCUUCUUUUUUUCUUCUUCUUCUUUUCUUCUUCUUCUUUUCUUUUCUUCUUCUUCUUUUUUUUUUUCUUCUUUUUUCUUCUUCUUUUUCUCUUCUUCUUUUUCUCUUCUUCUUCUUUUCUCUUCUUCUUCUUUUCUCUUCUUCUUUUUUCUUCUUCUUCUUUUUUUCUUUUCUUCUUCUUCUUUUCUUCUUCUUCUUUUCUCUUCUUCUCUUUUUCUUUUCUUCUUCUUUUUUCUCUUCUUCUUCUUUUCUCUUCUUCUUCUUUCUCUUCUUUCUUCUUUUCUCUUCUUCUUCUUUUUCUCUUCUUCUUCUUUUUUUUCUUCUUCUUUUUUUCUCUUCUUCUUCUUUUUCUUCUUCUUCUUCUUUUUUCUUCUUCUCUUUUCUUCUUCUUUUUUUUCUCUUUCUUUUUUUCUCUUCUUCUUUUUUUUCUCUUCUUCUUUUUUCUCUUCUUCUUCUUUUUUCUUCUUCUUCUUUUCUUUUCUUCUUCUUCUUUUCUCUUCUUCUUCUUUUCUCUUCUUCUUUUUCUUCUUCUUCUUUUCUCUUCUUUUUCUUUUUCUUCUUUUCUUUUCUCUUCUUUUUCUUUUUUUUCUUCUUCUUCUUCUUUUCUCUUCUUCUUCUUUUCUUCUUCUUCUUUUUCUUUUCUUUUCUUCUUCUUUUCUCUUCUUCUUCUUCUUCUCUCUUCUUCUUCUUCUUCUUCUUUUCUCUUCUUCUUCUUUUCUUUUCUUCUUCUUUUCUCUUCUUCUUCUUCUUCUUUUUCUCUUCUUCUUCUUUUUCUCUUCUUCUUCUUUUUCUCUUCUUCUUCUUUUUCUCUUCUUCUUCUUUUUCUCUUCUUCUUCUUUUUCUCUUCUUCUUCUUUUUCUCUUCUUCUUCUUUUUCUCUUCUUCUUCUUUUUCUCUUCUUCUUUUUUCAGAAUACCUGACAUUUAAAAAAACGAUUAUUAAAAAAAAAUUCAGUCUAUGUCGGUGUCACACGAGAAGAAGCCGAAGUCGAAGCAGAGAGAGGAAACGACGUUCUAGAAGUCGAAGUAGUCGUCACCGACACAGAUCUGGUAGUAAAGAGAAACACAAAAGCAGUCGACGACACCGUUCAAGGAGUCACUCAAGCUCUAGAAGUCAUUCAUCUCGUCAGCUUAAUCAUCGUAGUCGCAGAUCACGUAGUCGGGAGCUGAAAAACAGGUCUGACAGCAAAGAAUCAAAAUAUCACUCUAGAAGCCCAGAUUCAAAGACUAGUUCUCCCGGACAGGAGUUCAAUAAGCAUCGGUCCAGAAGCAGAGAUUCCAAACGCCGUUCUGGCAGCAAGGAGUCAAGACAUCAUUGCCAAAAUCAGGACAGAAAGCGUCGUUCGACUAGCAUUGAUUCUAAGCAUCUGUCCAGCAGCAAUAGUGAAAGAAAGUUCCUGCACUUAGAGAAUGACAAGCGAGGGAUGUACAAUGAUUGUGACAUUGAACAAAUGGAAGAGAUGCAAUUUGACAACCUGCUUCUGACCCGUCUUUUACAGCAUUUUCUGAUUCUCAACCACAAAUGGCUCAAAACUUUUUGCAAACUAUAUUGCUCGCUAACAGCUGUUGUUUGUUCAUUUACAUCUAUUGGUAUGAAUACGCGUUUGGAGUGUAAUAGCAGCUGCCAGAGAUACAGUUUUAUAUUGAGUGAAGCAGCAACAUCAUCACUCAAUGCCAUCUUGGCUAUCACCAUUAUCAUCACCGCCAAACAGCUACCACCACCAAUGCCUGAAACUGAUGAUUAUGAUACUGAUUUAGUCAUUUCUUUUUUCUUUUUCCUUUUUUUUUCCCCUUUUUUCUUUCUUUUCCCCCCUCUUUUUUCCCCCUUUUCCCUUUUUUUUCUUUUUUUUUUCCCCUCUCUUUUUUUCCCCUUUUUCUUUUCCCUCUCUUUCUUUUCCCCCCUUUCCCUCUCUUUCUUUUUCCUCUUUCUUUUCCCCUCUCUCUUUUCCCCUCUCUUUCUUUUCCCCUCUUUCUUUUUCCCUCUCUUUCUUUUCCCUCUCUUUCUUUUCCCCUCUCUUUUUUCCCCUCUCUUUUUUUCCCCUCUCUUUCUUUUCCCUCUCUUUUUUUUCCCUCUCUUUCUUUUUCCCCUCUCUUUCUUUUUCCCCUCUCUUUCUUUUCCCCUCUUUUCUUUUCCCCUCUUUCUUUUUCCCCUCUCUUUCUUUUUCCCCUCUCUUUCUUUUUCCCCUCUCUUUCUUUUUCCCCUCUCUUUCUUUUUCCCCUCUCUUUCUUUUUCCCCUCUCUUUCUUUUCCCCUCUUUCUUUUUCCCCUCUCUUUCUUUUUCCCCUCUCUUUCUUUUUCCCCUCUCUUUCUUUUUCCCCUCUCUUUCUUUUUCCCCUCUCUUUCUUUUUCUUUUCCUUCUUUUUCCCUCUCUUCUUUUCCUCUCUUUCUUUUCAAGACUGUAUUAA